AUGAGGACACAGGGACUUCUGUUUCUUCUUAACCUGGCCCUGGUGCGGGCACAGGCCGGUAACGACUCACCAACACUUGAUCCUGAUGUUAUUCAGGCCGGAUCGACCUUUGACGGGUCGAAGGCUCUCGGCUUUGACCCGGUUCAAGCCGCAUCGACGACCUCCGGGAACAACUUUAUCAAUUUCUGCAAGGGCAAGACCAUAACCAAUGGCUUUCAGAUCACAGAUGGCUCCUGCAAUGGAAUUGUCAUGGGAGACAUCCCUUCGACCAAGGACAUGAUCUCCGUGGUCAUCACAAACCCACAGAACGGGGAUAGUAUAGACUCCAACAAAGACUUCGACAUCGUCGUCCAGACCUCAAACCUGGACGCCGGCUCUUUCACCAACGCGGCAUCAACCUACUACGCAGCGCCGCAGCAGUUGAACGGCGGUAAAAUUGUCGGCCAUGUGCACGUUACCGUCCAGGACACAGGCAAGGACCUCAACCCAACCGAGCCCAUGGAUCCCACGCAGUUUGCCUUCUUCAAGGGUAUCAACGACGCUGGAGACGGCAAGGGUAAACUCACGGCCGCCGUGACGGGCGGGUUGCCAGCGGGGAACUACCGCCUCUGCACCCUGACAGCGGCGGCAAACCAUCAACCGGUGGUUAUGCCCGUGGCCCAACGGGGUGCCCAGGAUGAUUGUGUCCGGUUCACGGUCACCGGUAAUGGGAAAACAGUCAACCCGGCCGCUAGCAAUGGUGAAAAGGGGCUGGCUAAUCUCGAUACCAUUGCUAAGGCUGUAACUCUGGGGCCUGGAGCCCCUGAUCCUGGCGCUGGUGCCGAUGCUGGUGGUGGUGGAGGCAACAACGGCGGGGGGAACAAUGGUGGUGGAAACAAUGGUGGUGGUAACGGAGGUGGUAACAACGGUGGCGGUGGUAACGGUGGUGGUGGUAACAAUGGUGGUGGUAACGGCGGGGGGAACAAUGGUGGUGGUAAUGGCGGCGGUGGUAACAACGGUGGCGGUGGUAACGGUGGUGGUGGUAACAAUGCUGGUGGUAAUGGUGGUGGUGGUAACAAUGCUGGUGGUAAUGGUGGUGGUAAUGGUGGUGGUAACGGGGGUGGUAGUAACAAUGUUGGCGGUAACACUGGAGGCGGGCGUGGAAAAGGCAAAGGCAAAGGGAAAGGGAACGCACAGCCCACUACAAGCUCAGAUGCGGCGGCUGCUACGACAAGCUCAGAAGACCCGGUUGCCACGCCGACUCCGACUCCUACAGUCUCCGAUGAACCGACCGAGACGGCUGCUGCAGGAGGGAAUGAUGGUGGAAACGGUGGUGGGAACGGUGGAGGAGGCAAUGGUGGAGGCGGGAAUGGCGGAGGGAAUGGUGGUGGAAAGGGUAAGGGGAAGGGUAAUGGUGGAAAUGGUGAUGAUGGGACAGGAGAUGGCGGAAAUGGAGGAGGGGCCGCAGAGCCCACGGAGACACCGCAGGCCGGGGGCGGAAGGGGUAAAGGGAGGGGAAAACGGCAAACGGACCGUCUUGCUCGUCUCUCUCGCCGGCGGCGGUUCAUUGCAUGA